CAGUUUUAUUAACAGACAGCCCCAACAAAGUUUUACUUUGAUUCAAUCAUACGGUUAAUUCAUCGGUGCCGAAUGCCAAACUGAGGCGUCAAGCUUGAAUUGUCAUGGAUCCAUUAAAAUGUAUCGUGACAUUACUCAGCUUAAGCUUAGUCCUUGCUGUACCCCAAGGUAUUCUCGAUGACAUGGAUGCGGAAAUGGACUUGUUAGGUCUUCAACAGCAAGAUCAAAACGGCCUGAAAGGCAGAAAAGGCGUGGAAGCGCCACAGAAAGCAGAACGGGCAUUUACUGUCGGUCAGUUUUUGGGCAAGGGCAUAAACCAAGGUACAAACCAGGGUGUGGGCCUAGCUCUUGGAUUAGGUAAAGGAAUUAAGAGUGCAAUUGGAAAUUUGUUCGGAGGAGGACCCAAACGGUGUGAUCCAGCACGACCGCACACCCCGCAUCCCACCGAUUGCUACAUCUUUUAUCAUUGCGUCGAUCGGCUCACCGGGAUUGAGCAAGUAGAAAAGACUUGCAAUCCACCGACCAUGUUCAACCCUGAUACAAUGAUAUGUGACUGGCCGGAAUCGGUGAUGAAAAUCCGCCCGGAGUGUGCAUUUUUAGACACUGCCGCACAGGUUCCGCAACGCUCUACAGGAUUGAAAUCUCCUAGCAAACCCACUCCUAACAAACCGGGAGCGCUCUACUUCAAAGGAGGGUGCACGGAAAGGCCUCCAACGCCCGCCAAUGCAAAUGUCAAAUGCUCACCUAAUAGUGGUCAUUGUGACGUCAAGUGCUUGGAAGACUUCUCGUUCCCGGAUAAAUCGACACAAAUGCAAAUCAAAUGUGAAGCACCUGGUGUCUGGAAAGUGGCUAAUUGGGACAAUAUGCCCGAUUGUGAACCUAUCUGCAUGCCUCCUUGCCAAAAUUUGGGCUUCUGCAUUGCACCAGGUGUUUGUAACUGUCCAGACAAUUUCGAAGGAUCGGAAUGUCAGAUCCCCAAAAGCAAACCAUGCCUUGACAAGCCGCCCACCCCGAUGAAUUCCCGAGUUGUCUGUAACGAGAAAGAAUGCAUUUCAACCUGCAACAGGGGUUUCGCGUUCCCCGGCGGUAGCAAGAAACUGACGAUGGUCUGUGACGCUGGAAAUUGGGUCCAACGUCAACAACCGCCGGGAAAAUUUCAGAAAGUCCCCGACUGCCUGCCCGUGUGCGACCCACCAUGCGCCAACGGAGGCCGAUGCCUUCCCAACAACUAUUGCGAGUGUCCCCAGGAGUUUCGAGGGCCGCAGUGCAAUUAUCCUGUUGAGAAUUGCGCCCCAGAGCGGAUGAACUUUAACGGCGGCUACAACUGCUCCGGCGGAAGUACUUCGUUUAGCUGCUCCCUUAACUGCGGUGCAGAUGGGGUUUUCGAAUUUCUACCAGCUCCUCGCUACACUUGCGAAUAUGCCAAGGCCCAGUUUAUUCCCGAUCCUAUACCUCAAUGUAUCUUUGCGAGUCAACAAGUUCAAUACUUUAAAUCGAAUUCGACGAGCCAUUCGCAAAUGCUGAUCGAACAAGCAUCAGAAUUGGAAUGGAACGGUCAACAAACAGUGAAAGAAGAAACGGAAUGGUCCUUGGUACCGACUCAAGUAGUGUGGGGCAAAAAAGAAUACGAAAAGUAUUUUGAAAAUUUCUUUUCCGGCGGCACCGAUGGCGGAUACGUCAUCACCAUUCCCGAGGAUUCCCUCAUCAGGGAAACCUCUGCCAAACCCGGAACAUGUUUGGCUUGGGGCGGGGCUCAUUUCAAGACCUUUGAUGGUAAAGUGUACAGCGUGCAAAGUGAUUGCAGUUACGUGAUGCUACGUGACGCCGUAGCUUCGACUUUCAGUGUCAUUUACGGUGUUCAAAAAUGCACUUCGAAAUCAAGUUGCAAACGCUUCGUCAAUAUCCUUGUCGAAGAUUUCACCUACGAAAUCGAUACCAACGCAAAUGGUGAGCCUUAUGUUCGUAAAGGAGAGCAAUCCAUGACACUUCCGAACCAAAUCGACGGCAUACUCUUCGAACGAGUAGCCAGCUUCGUGAUUGUUCAAGCCGAAGGACUAGGAUUUACCGUGAAAUGGGAUACGAAGGCGACUGUCACUAUCGAUGUGAACCAUGCGCUUUGGAACCGGACAGCCGGUCUUUGCGGACGUAUCAAUGGCAUGUGGGUAGACGACUUCGAGAACCGCGACGGCACACGAAGUUCCAGCCUUCUCGGUUUUGUCAACAGCUGGGAGGCCAGCGGCUUGACAGAACAAUGCCAGGGCAACCCGAACGAGAUGCACGCUUGCAAAUGGGACACACCGGAAGAUCAACAGGUGUCUAAUGAAGCCACGCAGUUGUGCGAACAUCUCCUCAAAGACGAGAAAUUUGAGAAAUGUCGUAAGGUGGUAGACCCGAAAUCUUAUUAUGAAGCGUGCCGAUGGGACUAUUGUCAGUGCACCAAGGCAAAUCGAGAGGAUUGCGCUUGUUCCGCUUUAGAAACCUACUUCCACGAAUGUCUCCGCAACAAAGUGGAAUUACCGGACGGUUGGAGAAAUCCUAGUCUAUGUCCUAUCAAUUGCGACAACGGUCGUGUCUACCAAAUGUGCGGUCCAAUCAGCGAUGAAACGUGCUCCGGUCCCGUUACAGCCGAGCCCGUCCGACCGACAGAUUUGUGUGUCGAAGGAUGUUAUUGUCCCAAAGGCUCUGCUCUCCACAAGGAUCGUUGCAUCUCUCGUUCACAAUGCCCGUGCACGUUGCGCCAGAAGAUGUACCAACCCGGCGAACAAGUGCCUAACGACUGCAACACUUGCACCUGCGUUGCUGGCCAGUGGCAGUGCACCGACGUCCGUUGCGGUUCCCGCUGUGCAGUGCUAGGAGAUCCUCACUACACAACGUUCGAUGGCCAUCAUUACGACUUCAUGGGCAAAUGCUCCUACUAUCUAAUGAAAGGUGACAACUACAGCGUUGAGGCUGAAAACGUACCCUGCUCCGGUGCCAUAUCUCAGGCCAUGAAUUUCCCCGUGAAGAGCCUUUCCUCCGUCCCGUCGUGCACGAAAACGGUGACCAUUAGGACCGAGGGGGGUGACGUCAUCAAAUUGAAGCAGGAUCGGGAGGUUACCGUCAAUGGUGAAGAGGUCAUUUUGGAACCGUCCGUCUGGAUCGAUGGAGUCGUCAUCCGACACGCCUCGUCCACUUUUCUAGCUGUGGAACUGCCGAACGGAUUGGAAAUCUGGUGGGACGGUAUGAGCAGAGUCUACAUCGAUGCGCCACCUACUUUCUUUGGCACAACAAAGGGCUUGUGCGGCACGUUCAAUGAGAAUCAGCGGGACGAUAUGACGACGCCAGAAGGCGAUGUUGAACAAUCAGUGGCGGCCUUUGCCAACGGUUGGAAGACGAAAGAAGUGUGCCAAGAUGCAUCGGUUGAGCUGGAACCGACCCAUCCGUGCGAAAUCAACGGCCACGUAAAGGCACAAACAGAGCGACAAUGUGCCAAAAUCAAGGAUGCCAUUUUCGAACCCUGUCACCAGGUGGUCGAUCCGGAACCUUAUUAUCGCGAUUGCUUGUACGACGUGUGUGCGUGCCAGGUGAAAUUGGGAGAAUGCCUCUGCCCGAUGAUUGCGUCUUACGCUAAAGAGUGCUCUCAGAAGGGGGUUCUCGUCGACUGGAUCCCCGAAGUGCGAGAAUGCGGCGUACAUUGCAGAGGCGGGCAAACGUAUCAGGUGUGCGCCAACAGUUGCGCGCGGACGUGCUACGAUAUCGCGGUCUAUCCGAAAUGCCGUCGCAAGUGCGUCGAAGGAUGUAACUGCCCCGAAGGCCAAGCUCUGGACGCGUUUGGCCAAUGCGUUCCCAUCCACGAAUGUCCGUGCAUUCAUAAAGGAAUAGAAUAUCAACCUGGUCAUAAAGAACUCAGACCGGGAGCUCGUUCACCAGAUCUAUGUACUUGCAUUUCGGCCCGCUGGCACUGUCAGACCGCUACGCCGGAAGAACGGGAUCUUUUAGCUAAUGUAACCUUAAAGACGCAGCUGGAAUGCCGAGCAUCGCAUAACGAGGAAUACACCCCCUGUGAACCGGAACACCAACUCACGUGCAAGACUAUGGACCAGCAGGUUUCAAUGAAAAAGCCGGUUGAAUGUCGGCCCGGCUGUCAGUGCAAAAAAGGAUAUGUGUUCGACCCGACCAGCAAAACCUGUAUCAAACCUAGUGAAUGUCCAUGCCAUCACGCCGGACGCAGCUACGGUGAAAAUAACCGGAUCACCCAGGAUUGCAACACUUGUACUUGUCAUUCGGGCAAAUGGGAAUGCACCAAAAAUCGAUGCCCGGGGAUAUGCUCCAACUGGGGCGAGUCACACUACAAGACAUUCGAUGGCAAAAACUACGAUUUCCAUGGCAAUUGCGAUUACAUGAUGGCCAAAGGAGCCGCAGGUGAACCUCACGAGAAAUUCUACGUCACCGUUCAGAGCGUUCCUUGCGGGAGCAGCGGAGUUGCGUGCUCAAAAUCCGUGAUGCUACGGCUCGGCUCACCCGGCGCAGAAGAAAGUAUCACAUUGACCCGCCACAAGAAAAUCCCCAUCGGGAAGUUUUCUGAACGAAUACUCGUUCGAGAAGCUGGGCUUUUUAUUUUCAUAGAGGUAGCUGAUCUGGGUCUCGUCCUUCAAUGGGAUCACGGCACUCGGAUCUAUUUGCGGUUGGACCCCAAGUGGAAAGGUCGAGUUCGCGGCUUGUGCGGUAAUUUCAACGACAAUGCGCUAGAUGAUUUCCAGCCACCUUCUGGCGGCAUCACGGAAGUCGACGCUAAAGUUUUCGGCGACUCUUGGCGUCUGCAGAAAUACUGCCCAGAAAGCAGUGAUUACAUUGAUACCUGCACUCUCCAUCCACAUCGCAAAGUCUGGGCCGUGAUGAAAUGCAGUUUGUUAAAGUCAGCCAUCUUUGAAAAGUGUCACGCCGAGGUGCCUGUUGAAUACUAUGUCGAAAAGUGCGUAUUAGAUUCGUGCGGGUGCGAUAUGGGUGGCGAUUGCGAGUGCUUGUGCACGUCUUUCGCCGCGUACGCACACGAGUGUAACGCGCAUGGCAUCGCCGUUAAAUGGCGAUCGCAAGAGCUUUGUCCUCUUCAGUGCAAUGAGGAAUGCGCAUCUUACACCCCUUGCAUGAGUACAUGCCCCGUAGUCACUUGCGAUAACCCACUUGGCUCAUCUUCCCUUUGUGCGGCCGAUUCCUGUGUCGAAGGAUGUCAGCCAAGAGAUUGCCCUAAAGGGCAAAUUCACCGAUCGGCCAAUGAGCUAUCUUGCAUGCCGAUAUCAGAUUGCGCUUCGGCCCUUUGUAUGGUGAUCGACGGUGUAAUGUACGCCGAGGGCGACGUAAUUGAACGAGACGCUUGCCACGCCUGUUAUUGUUCCAAGGGGAAACGCGUUUGUCAAGGCCAACCCUGUUAUGUCCCAACGACAGUAGCUCCAGCCGUGACCCGAACUCCUGUUCCAGUAUCUAACACGACGGUGCCUGAAAUGGGCAUUUCUGCUUGCCGGACGGGUUGGAGUGAAUGGAUCAACACACACCAGCCCAAAGAUGGUGGAAAUAGAAACGACAUUGAACCUAUUCCAGACAGACUCAAUCCGGGUUUAGCCAAUGCGCCCGUUUGCCAUGCUGACCAAAUGGUUGAUAUCGAAUGUCGAGCUGUUCAAUCCAAAAUCUCUCACAAAAAAACGGGUGAUAAUGUCGAUUGCAACCUCAAAUUCGGACUGGAAUGCACACCGGGCGGAAUCAAAGGCCGCAGUCUUUGCCACGAUUACGAGAUCCGUAUCCUUUGCGAUUGCAGUGAAAUGGAAACGCGAAAACCAGUUUACGUUGAACCCACUACGGUCAAACCAACUCCAACCAAGCCAUUCUCUACUACUCGAAAAUCAGCAACUACCCCGGUUUCUACAAAGAAACCCAUAACUCCUGUCGAUCCCAUUCCAGAUCGAUGCGAUCCAGCUCGACCCAAUAGCCCACAUCCUACCAGUUGUCACUUGUUUUAUCAAUGCGUAGACAGACUGGGCGGUGUGGAACAGGUUGAGAAAACAUGCCAACCUCCUACGAUGUACAAUCCAGAUACAAUGGUAUGCGACUGGCCCGAAACUGUGAUGCGCAUCCGUCCCGAAUGUGGAUUCACUGCUACUACAACAACCAAGAAACCUGAUACGACUGGACCUUGCGUCGAUGGCUGGACUGAUUGGUUCAGCGUCUCAUCACCUGCCGAAGGCACUGGAGAUUUCGAAGUGUACGAGAGGAUCGUUCUCCAACAUCCCAUCUGCCCGAAGUCGCACAUUCGAGACAUCGAGUGCAAGUACAUGGCCAGAGAAGCUGGAUCGAAGAAGAAGUCUGGCCAGGCCAGGAGUUUGGCUGACUAUCGAACGUCGCCCGACAGGAGUGUCCAGUGUACCGUUGCGGACGGACUCAUUUGCUACAAUAGCGAUCAAGAGUCAGGACUCUGUCAGGAUUACAAGGUCCGUUUCUUGUGUCACUGCGAAGAAGAAAACGUUCACGUUAUCACGACACCUGAUACCCCGACUACUGUUGAAGACACUGUUGUCACGAUCACCGAACAGCCAACUACCGAAUACUAUCACGAAUGUCCAGAAGGUUACUCCUGGAAUGACUGUGCUUAUUCCUGCAAUCAGCUUUGCUUAGCUUACGGUUCUGAGCUGAGAAAACGUGGCUACUGCUUAACAUCAGAGGGUUGCGCUCCAGGUUGCUUAGAAGACGACGAAGAUGUCCAGCAAACGUCUCGCAGUCGUGGUUGUUCCCGUGGCAACAUGUGGCGUGACGCUCGUACUUGCGUACCAGCUCGUGAUUGCACGUGUCGCACACCGUUCGGCAAAAUCAUUCCGCCCGGAGGAGUUGAGGAAUCGGAAGGCGCUUGCGAAGUGUGUCAAUGCCUGGACAAUGAAUACAUCUGCGAUAACUCGCGAUGCAAUUACGCCUGGUCGACGCCUGCUGUUGAUACCAGCAAGAAUCUGACGGUCGUGACGACGCCAAAACCACGACCUCCUGGACCGACAAAGACACCUACAUCUUGCUCGGCCUGGUCCGACUGGAUCAACGAGUAUCAGAAACCCGCCUGGGGAGACUACGAAUCAAAGACUCCGGAACAACUGAAACAAAUGGGGUUCUGUCUACACGGCAAAAUUUCAGACAUUGAAUGUCGUGACGUCAAGAAUAACGAACUGUGGACGGAAAGUCGGGACAAAGAUUUGGUCUGUUCGCUGGCCAAAGGCUUUUCUUGCAUGCCAGCCCGUCAGGGCAAAGGCAAACGUUGUCAGGAUUACAAGAUUCGCUAUUUUUGCGAAUGUUCUGGCGGCGAUCAGGAAAAGGACAUUACAACUACACCUACACCGACUACUAGCAUCAUGAUCUGGACCACUGCCAGGAUUCGUCCACGAACGGACUUUUGUCUUGAUGAAGACUUGAUGCCUAUGCUUGCCGAUCAGCCGGCUGUACCUGACUCAGCUUUUAUUGCUACAACCUCAAAGAGUGGUGCACUUGGCCCGUCCAGUGCUCGAUUCCAAGUUCCAGCUAAAUCGAAAAAGCUUCCUAAUGAUGACAAGAAAGGUGUCAGUUGGGUAGCAGGUAAACGCGACAUGUUCCAGCAUAUCCAAGUUGACCUCGGUGCUCCCAGUUGGAUCUAUGGAUUCGAAGUUAGUGGUAGCCCGUCUGUCAAUGAAUACGUCACUAGUCUCUACGUUCUCUACAGCGAAGACAAUCAACGUUUCAGCUACGUCCCCAACAAGAAAGGAAGACCCAAGUUAUUCCGAGGACCACUGGAACAUGACGGCCGUAAAAGGAAUCUAUUCGACGGACCCAUUGAAGCUCGUUACAUCCGUCUCGAGCCGCAAACGUGGAAGCAUGCCAUCGCUUUGCGAUUCGAAGUCUUUGGAUGCAACACUACCAGCGAUUACGUUCACCUGGCUACGACACCUAUGCCUUUGGAAGACGUGUGCAACGACCAGAUGGGCUUCGAGAAUGGCGUGAUUGAUGAUCAGCAAAUCACGUUGUCGUCAGUAAACGGCUCGUUUAAUCAUCCUCGCUUAGGUAGCGAAUCUGCCUGGAUGCCAGCCAUCAAUUCUCGUAAAGAGCAUAUCACAAUUGACUUCCUGGAACCUCGUAACCUCUCUGGCAUAGUAACGCAAGGUCAUGCUGAUGGUCACGCAUGGGUCGAAUCAUACGCCGUUCGUUAUUCCAGUGAUGGGGAGACCUGGUUCACUGUCCUCAAUGACGACAGCACUCAGCGUGUGUUCCAUGCCAACGUGGACGGCAACACACCUACGACAAACACGUUUGAACGUCUCAUUCACGCGCGAUUCUUGAAAAUUGUCCCGUGGUCGUGGCACGAGAGUAUCGCUCUCCGCAUGGAUAUCUUGGGCUGUUAUCAUCCCGUCACGGUGACCAUUCCACCUACAGUUCCCCCCACGACGACGACGACGACUCCAUUGCCGAAAUUCUGUCAUCCUUGUCCCAAUAUCCCGGAGGAACAUUUGAACGUUGAGCAUUGCGCCUGUCCGCUUUCACAAAGCUGGAACGGAACCGGUUGUGUUCACCCGUCGCAGUGUCCGUGUUUCGACGGCCAUACCAAGUAUUCCGUGGGCUCUAUCUUCCAAGCUCACAGCAGCUGUUCGCAGUGCGUCUGCCGAUUGGGCGGAGUCAGCGAUUGCCGAAAGCCAACCUGUCCACCAUGCGAAUCUGGACUGUUGAGCUACCUUUCCGAGCACCCCAAGUGCCAGUGCUCGUGCAAGCCUUGUGAUGCUGGAACUCGUUUAUGCCAAUCGAGCAAUGUUUGCUUGACCGAAUCACUCUGGUGCAACGGUGUGGAAGACUGCCCGGAUGAUGAACGGCACUGUGUCACGACGACUCCAGGACCGGUCGAGUGUGUGUUAGCGUUUUGUGCCGAAGGUUACAUAGAAAAGGAGACCGGAUUGUUCUCGAACGACGGAUGCCCAAUCUAUAAUUGUGCACCACCUCCUUCCAGACCCACUGGAACUCCGUGCCCAGAACCUUCUUGUCCGGCUGGUUUUAUUCUCGAGUUGCAGACUGAAGAUUACGACUUGCAGCAAUUAGGUCAGUCUCAUCAAGAUUAUGAUCAUCUAUCUCAAAAUGGACAGCAACAUAUGGAUUACGACCAACUUUCACAACAAUCAAACGUUGAUCAUUUGGGACAACUCAGCCAAUCGACUGACGAUCAGCAGUCUCAAAACCAGCAGAGCUGCCCGCCAUAUAAAUGCGUACCUGAACCUACAAAAGUACCGCCUGUGCCUGUAACGCUUCCACCUUACAUCGAAAGGGAUGACCGUUGCUCCAUGACUGGCAGGAUGUUCAAAACCUUUGAUGGAACAGAAUAUUCUUACGAUAUUUGCCACCACGUAUUGAUGCGCGACAUGGUCAAUGAUCUGUGGUCUGUCUCAAUUCACGAACAUUGUCCGGCAAAUAAAGACGGAUGCUCUCGUUCGCUACGCAUUGAUCACAACAAUGACAUCAUCGAACUUCUGUCCGGUCUACGUGUAGGAUACAAAGGUUUCGAGUACUCCAUUCUCCAGGCGGAACAAAUUGCAUCCCUGUCGCCUGAUUUCAGCAUUCAUCGAGUUGGAGAUUCGAUCUUAUUCCGUUCGGAAGUUUAUAAUUUCUGGAUCGUUUGGGACGUCCAUUCCAAUUUCAAGGCUGGGGUGACAUCCAAGUUGCUGAACCAAAUUGACGGCCUCUGUGGCUAUUACAAUCUUAAGCCGUACGAUGACCAACAAACUCCGGAAGGUAAACUAGCCAAAUCUACCACGGAAUUUGGUGACUCGUGGUCGAUUGAAGAUGGUAAAUGCGCUCCUACUAAAUGCUCUGUUACUGCCCAAACUGCCGCCUGGGACAAAUGUGCCUUCUUGAGGCAAGAACCUUUCACCCAAUGCCACGGGGCCGACGAAGCAGCCUUGGAUAAGGCCAUUUUCCGUUGUGUGGACAUUAUGUGCGAUUGUAUGGGCGCCAUCAAGGACUCGUCUUUAUCCGCGACCGAAGCAGCUGAUCGUUGCGCCUGUCAAGCAAUGAGUGUCAUGGCCGUUGAGUGCCACGAUGCUAAUUCAGCAGUCGAUUUGAGUGGCUGGCGCUCUAAAUAUGACUGCUCGGUCGAUUGCGGCACAGACGGAUCUGUCUACAAAGAGUGCAACAAGAAAACUUGCGAGCGCAGCUGUCAAAACAACAAGAACCCCCAUCCUUGCCCGCCUAUGCCCGACUUGUGCUACCCGGGCUGCGUCUGCCCAGACGGCCUUGUCCGUCAUAGCGAUGGCAAGUGCGUCAAACCCAGCGAAUGCCGCGAUUGUGUCUGCGACGGAUUCGGUGACCCACAUUACAUCACUUUCGAUCGUAAGAAUGUCACCUUCGGAGGCAACUGCACCUACGUAGCUGCACGGGAUAAACUUUCCCAAUUGGAAGCCAAAAUCGAUCACGAUUUCCAGGUUUUGGUAACAAAUACGGAAUGUAAUGAAGAUGGAAAGACAUCGUGUACAGAGGCAGUGACAGUCCUGUACCAAGAUCAUGUCAUUAACGUUCGUAAUUCUGAGGUGGCACAGUCAGUUAUGGCUACUAUGGAUGGUGUUCCAAUUGAGACAUUCCCUGUCCAUUUGCCGUGGGUUAGAAUUGAAAAAUUGCCGGGAGAGCAAGUCUCUGUCUUGCUAAUGGCCAUUCAGGUUGAAGUAUCUUACUACAUGUACAGUAAAGGCUUCAAAGUUCGACUUCCAUCCCAGCUCUAUCUGAAUAAAACUGAAGGUCUUUGUGGCAACUGUAAUUCGGAGCUUGACGAUGACACGAUGAACAAUCAGGCCGGUCUAGGUUGGCUUGUAAAGAAACUCCUUAGAGAACCUCCAACCGGUGAGGAGGAUCUCUGUCAAAUUGCUCCGCAGCCGGAAUGCACUCCACUCAGUCCAGAGAAUGAUCCUUGUCUCAAACUGCUGGACAGUGAUCUUUUCAAAAUGUGCAAUGCCGUAGUUGACCCAUUGCCCUACAUUGCUGCUUGCCAAUACGAUACGUGCAAGAGCAGCGAUCCACUAGCGGCAGCCUGUCCUUCAUUUGAGUCCUACGCUCGUGAAUGCUCUCGUUACCAAGUGUGUUUGUCUUGGCGCUCGCCUCAACUCUGCCCGAUCGAAUGCCCGUCUGGCAUGGAGUAUCAACAAUGCGGUUCAGGCUGCCAAUCCAUUUGCGAAGAGGACCAGCAAUCUUCGACGUGCCCCAUGAGCGUUAAUGAUGGCUGCUACUGUCCAGAGGGCCGGGCUUUCAAUCACGAUCUUGGACGUUGUGUUCCUCAAGAUCAUUGCAAACCUUGUGACAACGAAGGCCAUUACAAAGGUGAUCAUUGGAAACCGGAUGCCUGUACGACUUGCUCUUGCGAUGCGGACGGACAUGUUCAAUGCGUCAAGAGAAGUUGCGCCUUGGAAGAUUGUCCACCUAACCAUCAACGAACGAUAGUCCAGCCAGCGGAGAACGAAUGUUGCCCAACUGUAAAAUGCAUCCAGGAAGAAAACUUAGUUACCAAAAAACCGUGUCCGGAAGUUCCAGUACCGCGGUGUGGACCGAAUCAAGUUCUACGCUUCCGGGAUGUUGAUGGCUGUCCACGUCAGGUGUGUGAGUGCAUUCCAUUCGACGAAUGUCCUCCUGUAGAUAAACCUGCGGCCAAUCCUUUGGUUGGAGUCAGUUACGUACUUAAUACUACGGGCUGCUGCCAUCAUCUGGAUCGAAUCUGCUCACUGGAUGAAUGUCCACCGAAACCUGAUUGCCCGACUUUCUAUGAAGUUGAAGUCAAGCCCAACUGGGAAGAGCUUUGCUGUCCGGAAUACAACUGUGUGCCACCAAAAGAUUUCUGCAUUUACGAGCAUACCUACGAGCAACAGAACGUCGAACUACUCACUUCAACAACAACGACGACAACAACAACAACAACGACAACAACAACACCUGCACCUAAAGGAAAACCGAGAUUGCGAGAAAAAGGCGGAGUCAAAGGCAAAAAGCGUAGCGUACAAUUCACGGUGGGCUCUAUCAUCGAGCGGUACGCCGUCAAUGCUACUUGGAGAGACGGACCAUGUCUCGAAUGUAUCUGCGUUGCCGAGCCAAACAGCCCGAUUGCACGCACUAGUUGCACAGUGACCACUUGUACCGAACCUGUCGAUGAGGAUUACGCCAUCAAAACGGAAGCAGUGCCAGAUAGCUGUUGCCCGCGUGCCAUCCGCACUGCUUGCCGGCAAGGAUCCGAUAUCUACAAGGUUGGAGAGACGUGGCCAUCACCAAAUGGAGAUCCAUGUCAAACGUACAUCUGUUUAGAAAUGUCGGACGGAACGAUCGUGAAGCAACUCCAAAUUGAAUCAUGCCCCAGCUGCCCUGCUGGAUGGGAGUACCAGGUAUCGAAUUCGUCUGUUUGCUGUGGAACUUGUCAGCAAGUCGCUUGCGUCGCUUCAGAUGGUGUUCAACACCCGAUUGGAUCAACGUGGAAGUCGGAUUUGUGCACCCGCAUCACCUGUGUAUCAAGGGAUAAUGGGUUGCAAAUGGAAAGCUUGCGAGAAAACUGCGAUAAACCCACGGACGAUGAUAGACUAUUGUACAAGUAUGAGACCGUUCAACCAUCGGAUCAGUGCUGUCCCAUACAUCGCAGAGUAUCUUGCUUGCACGAUGGCAAAGAAUACCAGGUUAACGAAACGUGGGCAACGAACGAUCAGUGCGUGACUAUAAUUUGCGCCCAACAAGCUGACGGCCAAGUUGCUCUUCAAGAAGUUAUACUGUCGUGUCCUCCGCCAUCAGAUUGCCUCGAGGGUUACGAGCAUGAACUUCCAGGCCCAUUGGAAUGCUGCGGUAAAUGUGUGCAAGUCGCGUGCGUGUUGAACGGAACUCUGCAUCCGAUUGGAUCAACUUGGAAUCCGGAUCCUUGCACGUUCUACUCGUGCGUCGGUAGCAGAGGUCACGGUCACGUGACUGAGGCGCAAGUGAUGUGCGCCCCACUUGGCGAUUGUCCCGAGAAAAAUCGUGUCAAAAAACCGGACGAAUGUUGUGCUACUUGCAACGCCACCGAAUCCCAAAAGAAUUGCAUGCCGGAAGAAGUACCACUUGAGAAAACGGUUGGUUACAUCAUCCAUGAUUCCGUGAUGCACGGCAAGUGUGUUAACGCUGAACCUGUUCAAGGUCUAACCGAAUGCGUAGGUCACUGCCAAUCUAAAACGAUUCACGAGCCCAAUUCAAUCGAUCCAAUCAGCAAAUGUGAAUGUUGUCAGCCUGAAGAAACUAAAGAGUUGAAAACUACAUUAACCUGCGCCGACGGCAAGACUUGGGUUCAAGUUGUUCGUGUGCCGACCUCGUGUACUUGUAACCCAGCUUGCACAGGAUUGCUGCCCGAUGAUCAACAGCAAGCAACGGACAAUCGGCCCGUCAUUCAAGCCGAAAACUUGAUGCUUGUCGAUCAGCAAACGCAGAACGAAGACGAACAGCAAAAUUUGCAAUCGCUCACUCAACUAGUACAGAACCAACUGCGUGAAACAGAUGAGGAUGAUUUGCAAAUUUUGCAACAACAACGUCAAGGACGUGGUGACGCAAUUGCACGGAGCGCUGGUGGUGGCCAAAAAUGAGGCGUAAUCAGUGCUAACAAACGGACGAAGUUGUAAAAUGUCUCCGUCUUUUUAUUUUUUUCUCUUUUCGCUUUAUGGCCUAAUGUGAUGCAUAGCAUAUACGUACGGAAUGUCGAAGUAUUACUUCGUCCACUUUUGCUUUCUCUACCACGUUAGCAGUCGUUCCGUAAUCUUAUGAAACGGAACAACAGCGACAAGGAUCGCAUUAAUUCAAUUGACAUGUCCACAUUAUGUUUGACAUCACUGCUAUUAUAACAUUUGAAUAAAUCAAGACUUGUGAUUUUA